AUGAAGUGGACUGCUUUUGCGGCAGCUUCCCUGGUGGCCCGAGGGGCGCUGGCCAGUACCCCAAACAUCGUCAUCAAGGGCUCCAAGUUCUUCUACGCCAACAAUGGAACUGAAUUCUACAUCCGAGGCAUUGCCUAUCAGGAGGACUACACUGGCGGAGGUUCCAACGGAACUGGCCAGACCAGCACCUCAGGCUACACCGAUCCCCUGGCCGAUGCCACCACCUGUUCGCGUGAUAUUCCCUACCUGACCCAGCUGCGCACCAACGUUAUCCGAACGUACGCGGUUGACCCCACGAAGAACCAUGACGCCUGCAUGCAGCAGCUGGCUGAUGCUGGUAUCUAUGUCAUCACCGAUCUGGCUUCCCCGGACGUGUCGAUCGAGGCCAACUCCCCCGUCUGGACCGUCGACCAGUACGAGCGGUACACCAGCGUCAUCGAUACCUUCCAGAAGUACGAUAACGUGAUUGGCUUCUUUGCUGGCAACGAGGUUGUCAAUACCCCCAACCAGACCGAUGCCGCUGCUUUCGUCAAGGCUGCCGCCAGAGAUAUGAAGUCCUACAUCAAGAGCAAAGGAUAUCGGGACACACUCGCUAUUGGCUAUGCCACCACCGACCAGGAGGAUAUCCGCACUUCGCUGUCAAGCUAUCUCAAUUGCGGAGACCAGUCAAGCGCAAUUGAUUUCUUUGGUUACAACAUCUACGAGUGGUGUGGAGAUCAGACAUACCAGUCAUCUGGAUAUGAAGACCGCACCAACGAGUACAGGAACUACUCUAUCCCUGUCUUCUUCUCGGAGUACGGUUGCAACACCGUGAAGCCCCGCAAAUUCACCGAUGUGCCUGUGCUCUUCGGUCCCCAGAUGAAUGACGUCUGGAGCGGCGGUAUCGUCUACAUGUACUUCGAGGCUGAUAAUGACUACGGCCUCGUGUCUGUGAGCGGGAGCUCCGUCUCUACUGAAGUCGACUUCAGCUACUACUCCAAGGAGAUCCAGAGCGCUACUGCCACAGGAACCAACAGCGCCAGCUACACUCCUACCAACUCCCCUCGCGCCUGCCCCACAGUUGACGGCGAGAAUUGGCUGGCGAAAUCCAGCCCUCUCCCUCCAACUCCGAACUCGCAGCUCUGCUCCUGCGUGGUGAGCACCUUGUCCUGCGUUGUCAGUGACUCCGUGGACUCGAAGGACUACGGCACCCUCUUCGGUGAAGUCUGUGGCUAUGGCGCAAACAUCUGCGACGGUAUCGCACACAACGCUACUACCGGAACUUACGGUGCCUACAGUGUCUGCAGCAGCAAGGAUCAGCUGUCGGUUGCUUUCAACGCCUACUACAAGAGCCAGAACCAGGACCAGUCCGCGUGCGACUUCAACGGUGCGGCCAAGGUUCAGUCUGCGCAGUCCGCAUCGGGUGAUUGCAAGUCCCUCGUCAGCCAGGCUGGUGGUGCCGCUGGAACAGGCACUGUUGCCUCUGGUGGUUCUAGUGGUGGAAGUGCCGCUAGCACUUCUACCUCCAAGGGAGCUGCCUCCCAUCUGGUCAGCCCGGCUGCUGUUUACGUGAAUGGCUGGUUUGCACUGGCUUCUUUCGUCGUGGCUGCGGUGACGGGCUCCCUCAUGGUGGCUCUGUAA